AUGGCAAUCGAUAUCCAGAACUUCAGCAAAGCAAAGCCUCCACUUGAAGAGAGAGGCAGACUACUCAGCCCACCUUUUCAGCACGGCAUGUUUCUACUUCUUAUCUUCAGAUCUAGAUCACAGCCUCGAAUGCGGCCGCUUGGCAACGGCGUUAAAAUGGGCUGUGAGGUGGUUGACUCUCAUCCUGUGGCUUCGGCUAGGCUUUUAGCGGGUAAAACUGACGACUGCAGCCCUGUGGAGAAGAGAGUUUUUUCACGGCCGCGAUCGGCGGCACAGUGGAUAGAAAAUUUGGGAAUUCUCACAUCCUACGUAAUGGUCUCUGCAGGGGGGGGUCAUGCUGAGCUGCAAUAUGGGCUCCUGAAACGUUAUAUACAUGUCUACCUACAUGCUCAACUUGUCAUACUGGUACAAAUAUCACAUUCUCUAUUCCCUCGCGUGGACCGAAUUUUUGAUAAUGACGUCGAGAAUCUACUGCUUUGGGAACAGAAGUGGAAAUCUGAAGAAGAAGAAGUCGAAGAAGAAGGCCAGGCCAGGCCAGGGUCGGAUGCAUAUUCCGCCAACGAAAUUGAAGAUCCGAAAUGGGAUAAAUGGGAAAUUCAGCGGGCACGAAAAACUUGCCACAAUGAGCAAGGCGAAACACCACCCCUCCCACCUCCGUUCUCCCUCAUACCCUACCCAGUAAAGGGAGCGAUAUUGGGCUGUGAUGUGAGGAUGAGCUCGAGAUCUCAAAACGAGACCUGCAGCAUGUUAAUCGGUGGAAUAGACAAUUAUUGUACAUGUACAUUAGCUAAUGUUUGCACCUCCACUCUCCCUGUGAUCUACUUAGCGGUUUCUAUCGCAGUAGAAAAGGCACAUAUCUGGACGCGUUCUAGUGCUUACUUGGCGCCUGUACCAUCUGAAAUUCAAGUCACGACGCGGCUCAUUACUACUUUUGCUUAA